AGCAUUUGACCAGUGCUGGGGUUAAAGGACUUUAGCCUCAUACAGAUUAACCAGCGUUCCCAUGGCGUCAACAGCGCGCUCGUGUAUCUUUGUAAGCGUGCUCAUCGUCUUUAGCUCGACAUCAUUGGCAUCAGUCUUCCGAGAUCCAGAUGAGGCGCACAGUGUCUUGGUGCGCACCAAGAGAUUCAACUCGGGCUGGCUGGAGGAGCUGCAGAAGGGUGAUCUGAAGAGAGAGUGUCUGGAGGAGAAGUGCUCAUAUGAGGAAGCCCGUGAGGUGUUUGAGCACCAAGAGGCCACGGACGAAUUCUGGAAGACAUACAGCAUUCCAGACAGCUGUGAGUCAAGUCCCUGCUUGAACGGGGGGAGCUGUUUGGUCCUGCCGGCGUCUUACAACUGCUUGUGUCCACCGCCCUUCAGUGGCCUCAACUGCGAGCUUGACGACCACGUCCGGCCAGAGACAUGUUUGCUAGAAAAUGGAGGCUGUGAGCACUUCUGUGAUCAAGACGAGAGAGGAGAACGAGUCAACUGCUCAUGUGCGGAUGGAUACUUUCUGAAUGCUGAUGGCCAGAGCUGCAUGCCCAAAGACUCAAUAACGUGUGGCAUGACCCCAGUUCUUCAAGAUCCAAACAAAGCCAAGAAGCUUGACCCUCGUGCUCGGAUUGUGGGUGGACAAGAGUGUCCCAAAGGCGAAUGUCCCUGGCAGGUGUUGCUGCUUUAUCAUGGCAAAGGUUUCUGUGGCGGAAUAAUCAUUAAACCCAUGUGGAUCCUCACGGCAUCUCACUGCCUUGAAGAUACUGACGCCCAGUUUUUAAAUGUUGUUGCAGGCGAGCAUAACACCAUGGUGGAGGAGGGAACAGAGCAGGUCAUCCAGGUGGCUCAAAUCCUCAUGCACGAGCGCUAUGAAAAGAAAACGGCUGACAACGACAUCGCCCUGCUGCGAUUGGCCUCGCCCGUGGUUUACACGCCAUACGCCGUACCGGCCUGCCUGCCCACAAAGUCUUUGGCUGAGCGCGAUCUGUGGGCCAUCAGCAUCCACACAGUGAGCGGCUGGGGGCGACGAGCCGAAAACGGCCCCACCUCACAUCUGCUGCGCCGCCUCAGGGUGCCUCGCAUACGUACACAACAGUGCAUCCAGGAGAGUGGCGUGCAGCUCACUGAAAACAUGUUUUGUGCCGGAUACCUUACGGGACGGGAGGACUCGUGUAAAGGUGACAGCGGCGGGCCCUUGGUGACGCAGUACAAGAAGACCACAUUCCUGCUUGGCAUCGUGAGCUGGGGGAAGGGCUGUGCCCGGCCAGGCCACUACGGCAUCUACACACGCGUCUCCAACUACCUGCAGUGGAUACACAACCACACAGCAACACCAGUACAGCUCACAAACGACACGCAACUUCUACCGCACAACCUAACCACCUGAGCGCUCGCUUACCAAUCAUCAUCCACCCGCUUUAGCUCUCAACUUUAUGAUUUGGUACAUUUAUCAUACACAAAAACAAUUUGCCUGUUUCAUGAGUUUUGUUCACUUUUGGACCUUUUCUUCUCACCUAUU